UCCCCUUAGUUAUUUAAGAUAGCCCUAGCGCAUUCUAGUUUGACUACCACUGUUUUUGGUAGAGCCAGUAAGAGUAGAAGGUAAGUUAGAUCUUGGUUGUUGUUUUUUGGUAGUGACAGUCCUAGUUUAGAGUUCCUAGUUAGUCUACAGUUAGUGUAGCUAGGUUUUAUGGCCCGGCCUAAGACCUCUCCAUUGGGAGAGGCAAUGGCCAAGGACGACUUCUGUGUCCAGAGCACCAUUGGGGCCGGCAGCUUCUCUCUCAUCAUGCUGGCCCACCAUCGUCACAGUGGAGAGAAUGUGGUGAUCAAGCAGAUGAAGAUGCUGGGGCAGACAGGCCUGGAGAUGGCGCGUCACGAGUGCAACGUCAUGCAAGGUCUGAGCCACCCCAACAUCAUGCCCCUGCUUGGCACCAUAGAGACAGCAUUCCAGCUGCUGCUGGUCAUGCCCUAUGUGAGGGGGGGAGACCUGGAGGACUAUCUCUUCCAGAACGGCCCCAUGAGGGAGGAGGAGGCUAGAAGGGUGUUCCGCCAGUUGGCCUCGGCUAUGGAAUAUUGCCACGCCAAAGGAAUCGCUCACAGGGACCUCAAGCCUGGGAACAUCCUCCUGGAAAGCCUGGACCAGGUCAAGAUCUCGGACUUUGGCCUGAGUGCCAAUUUUCUCCAGCAGUCCAUGGACAGCCUGCGUGGCACCUUAGCCUACAUGGCACCCGAGAUAGUGACGGGGGGCACCUACGGCCCCGGGGUGGACAUCUGGAGCCUGGGGGUGGUGUUGUAUGAAAUGGUGAAAGGUCACCUGCCACAGGAACGACCCGCCAGGACUCUAUUCAGAAGGAAGCCCCGGCUCUCCCAGGAGCUCCGACACCUUCUGCACUGCAUGCUGAACUCUGACCCCAAGGAGCGAAUUGGGUGGCCAGAGAUCCUGAGCCACCCAUGGGUGACCCAGGGCAUGGGACCCAUGGAAGCCUACAGGAAACCCCCCACCUCCGAUGAGCCAGCCCCAGCUGACCAGUCCAUUCCUUCCAGCCUGCUGCCAAGUAUGAAGAAGAGGGCCAGCAGGAGCAGGAGGAGGCGUGUGUCUUCUUCCCCACCAGUCCUGGGCACCGGCUCCUGGGAGCAAGACAAGGCCCGGGAGCCUGGCCAACCCCCCAAGUGCUCCAGUCUCCCUGUCUUUAUGUCCACCCCCAGCCUGCCCCCCCCAGCGGUGCCUCCCAACACACCACACAGCAGCUGCCCUGGCUCUGGCCCC